UCCUAGCAAAUCUCAAAAACGCGUUUGCCUUAUUUUUCCCCCAUCGACUUUUCAAUCUAAGACCUUUCAGUUACUUAUGAACAGAAGUUUCCUAGCAAAUAGAAAAGUGCAGGAACGAUGACAUGCUUCAGUGUUCACAAAAUAAAUACUACACCUCUGCAGCACAAAUCUAAUUUGUGUGUGACCAGCAUCUGCAUUAUGAGUACCCCUGUCGUUCGACGCAUUUCCGAAUGCUUCAUCAAGCCACAUCGUCCAAUCGAAGAGUCUAACCAAAUAUGUUAUUUAGCACCUUGGGAUAUUAUUCUAUUGUCUUAUCACUAUAUCCAGAAGGGUCUACUCUUCAAGAAGCCUCCAACACUUGUCGAUCAACAGAAUUUCAUAGAAAAUCUGUUGGAGAAGCUCAAACACUCUCUUUCGUUCACCCUCUCCCAUUUCUAUCCUUUGGCUGGUCGCCUUGUCACCCACACAACCCAAGACCCUCCCUCGUAUGCUUUUUUCGUUGAUUGCAAAAACAGUGAUGGAGCUAGAUUCAUCUAUGCAUCUUUGGACAUGACCAUAUCUGACAUACUCACCCCUGUUGACGUCCCACCCAUUCUUCAUUCAUUCUUUGACCAUCACAAAGCAGUCAACCAUGAUGGCCACACCAUGCCCUUAUUGUCCAUCCAAGUCACUGAACUAGUGGAUGCUGUUUUCAUUGGUUGUUCCAUGAACCACACUCUUGGUGAUGGCACUUCCUACUGGAAUUUCUUCAACACAUGGUCUCAGAUCUUUCAAUCUCAAGCUCAAGGCCAUGAAUACAAUGUUCCCAUUUCACACCAACCCAUUCUCAACCGUUGGUUUCCCAGUGAUUGUGAUCCGUCUGUUAAUCUUCCUUUCAAACAUCAUGACGAGUUCAUUUGCAACUUUGAAGCACCUUUUCUGAGGGAGAGAGUCUUCCACUUUUCUGCAGAGUCCAUAGCAAAACUGAAAGCAAAAGCCAACUCAGAGUCCAAUACCACAAAAAUCUCUUCAUUCCAGUCAUUAUCAGCACUUGUCUGGAGAUCCAUAACUCUCGCGCGCUCCGUGCCGUACGAGCAAAAAACAAGUUGCAAGAUGGCUAUAAACAAUAGAUCAAGAAUGGAACCGCCUAUGCCAGAAGAAUACUUUGGAAACUUAGUUCAAGUAGUGAGUGCAGAAACGACAACAAGGGAAUUGCUUGAGAAUGAUCUAGGAUGGGCUGCAUGGUUGUUACACGUGGCUGUCACAAACCAUAAUGACAAAGUGGUGCUGCAAUCGCUCCAAGGAUGGUUACAGUCUCCUUUUAUCCCUCAAAUUGGUCGAUUGUUUGAUCCGUACAGUGUGUUAAUGGGAAGCUCGCCCAGGUUCAACAAGUAUGGUUGUGAAUUUGGAAUGGGGAAAGCGGUGGCGAUUAGAAGUGGGUAUGCUAACAAGUUUGAUGGGAAAGUGACAUCAUACCCAGGUCGUGAAGGAGGUGGAAGCAUCGAUUUGGAAGUGUGCCUUUUGCCACAUAUAAUGAGAGCUCUGGAAUCAGACAAGGAGUUUAUGAAUGCAGUUUCGGUGUCCAAUCCCCUGUUCUAGCUUGCUGAUAUGCCCAAUAUUUGACCGUUGAACAUGUCAAAUACCAUAUUUUGUGUAGUAUACAAUGAGUUGUAGGUUGAACUAGUAAUGAAAUAAAGUAGAGAAAUAAGUGGAAAGUGGGGGAAAAUAGAAAUGAAACAGAAAAGGAAUAGAAAAAUAGUAUAUUAUUUGGAUGAAUAGAAAAAAAUGAAGAAAAAUUUCUUUACUUAUUUAGAUAAGUGAGGAAAAAAAUAUAUAAAAAACUAGAUAUAUCACUUGAGUUAA